AUGCAUUGGCCAAAGACUUUUGUGACGACAGCCGGAUGGCUUGCCAUUGCGUAUGCUCAAGUCCAGGAGAGCACGGACAGCACCUCUGGAGAAGCUGCAGAACCAGAUCUGUACACCAAGGACCUCUCAUCUUGCCCUGGUUAUGUUGCUACCAAACCCCGGGAGACGAGAUCAGGCUUCUACGCAGACCUGGAACUUGCGGGAGACGCAUGCAACAUCUACGGCCAAGAUCUGCCCAAUCUCAAGCUAGAGGUUGAAUACCAGACGGACACCCGAUUGCACGUCAAGAUCUUGGAUACCAACAAUACGGUCUAUCAAGUUCCUGACGAUAUCUUUCCGCGUCCGGGAUUCGGACAAUGGUGCUCCCAUGGCGACUCGAAACUCAAGUUCGACUUCAACGCAGACCCAUUCUCCUUCUCGGUGUCUCGCAAGGAUUCGGGCGAGGUCCUUUUCGAUACCUCUGGCAGCAAGCUCGUUUUUGAGAGCCAGUACCUGUAUCUGAAGACGAAGCUGCCGGAAGACCCGCAUUUGUACGGACUUGGAGAGCACAGCGAUUCGUUCAUGCUCAACACGACGAACUACACUAGGACCAUCUGGACCCGUGAUUCAUACGGUGUUCCGCAAGGCGAGAAUCUGUAUGGAGCUCACCCAAUCUACUUUGACCACCGCCAAGGGAGCGGUACUCACGGCGUCUUUCUCCUGAACUCAAAUGGUAUGGAUAUUUACAUCGACAACAAGGGUGGCCAACACCUUGAGUACAAUAUCAUUGGCGGCGUCCUUGAUUUCUACUUCGUUGCUGGCCCGAGCCCUAAGGACGUGGCGGUGCAGUACUCUGAGAUUACCCAGCUCCCUUUGAUGACUCCUUACUGGGGUCUUGGCUACCACCAGUGCAAAUAUGGAUAUCGAGACGUUUUCCAAGUCGCUGAGGUGGUCGCCAAUUACAGCGCGGCAGACAUUCCACUCGAGACAAUGUGGACCGACAUCGACUACAUGGAGCUGAGGAGAAUCUUCACGCUUGAUCCCGAGCGCUUCCCAGCCAACUUGGUCACUGAUCUCGUCAACACCAUCCACUCAAGAGAUCAACAUUACCUCGUCAUGGUCGACCCUGCAGUCUGGUCAGCUGGCUCCAAUCCUGCUCUUGAACGCGGCAUUGAGUACGACGCAUUCUUAAAGGAAAGCAACGGCAUUCUGUAUGAAGGUGUCGUCUGGCCUGGCCCCACAGUCUUCCCAGACUGGUUCCAUCCCAACGCAGGCACUUACUGGAACGAGAUGUUCAGGACCUUCUUCGAUGGUGUGAAUGGUCCCGAUAUCGAUGCCUUGUGGAUCGACAUGAACGAACCUGCGAACUUCUGCAACCGCCCGUAUCCUUGCAACAACCCGUUGGGAUUCGCAGAAGAAGAGGGUAAUCCGCCUGAUCCACCACCAGUUCGUGAUGGCCCUGCAAGCCCUCUGCCAGGCUUUCCCGCUAGCCUUCAGCCCAAUUUCGCGUCUGACGAUGCUGCUGAUUCGGCCCCCAGCGUCAAGAAACGUCAAUGGAGCCACGGCGGCCAUGGCCGUGGAAGGGGACACUGGGGCAAUAACGGACACCAAUGGGGCUCAGGAGGUUGGGGUCAAGGCGGCCACGGAUGGCAGAGUGACAAGAAGACAGGCUCUGGCUGCGAACCUGGCCAGUGUCUAGGACUUCCAAACCGCGAGUACAUCCUGCCACCAUACAUGAUCCAAAACGGUGCUGGACCGACGCUCGCUGAGGGCACCGCCGACACUGAUGUGUUCCAGUAUGGCGGACUCGUACAGUAUGAUACUCACAACCUUUACGGAUCCAUGAUGAGCACUCUAUCCAAGAAUGCCAUGUUGGCGAGGAGGCCUGAUGUGCGUCCUCUUGUUAUCACAAGAAGCACUUUUGCUGGGGCUGGAAAAGACGUCUCGCAUUGGCUUGGCGACAACGUGUCCGGCUGGCUCUGGUACCGCAUCUCAAUCAGUCAGCAACUCCAAUUCGCCUCCCUUUACCAAAUCCCAGUCGUCGGCUCAGACGUCUGCGGGUUCGGCGGCAACACGACCUCAACCCUCUGUGCCAGAUGGGCUACGCUCGGAUCCUUCUCGACCUUCUUCCGCAACCACGCUGAGAUCAGUAGCAUCUAUCAAGAAUUCUAUCGAUGGCCAAUCGUCGCCAGCGCUGCCAGGAAUGGUAUUCGCAUGCGUUAUUUGCUGCUUGACUACAUCUAUACCGCAAUCUACAGGCAGAACACGACGGGAGUACCUUGCUUGAAUCCGUUGUUCUUCAAUUACCCUGAGGAUGCGAACACCUAUCCAAUCGAUCUGCAAUUCUUCUACGGUGACGGCAUUUUGGUCAGCCCAGUGACAGAGGAGAACUCGACUUCAGUCGAAUAUUACCUCCCCGACGACAUCUUCUACGACUUCACCACGGGCACCCCAAUCCGCGGCGAAGGCGCCUACAUCACCGCCGAAGUCCCCUACGACGAAAUCACUGUCCAUUACAAAGGCGGGCACAUCUUCCCGCAACGAGUCGCAAGCGCCAACACGACGAAAGCCUUACGAACCAAAGGCUUCAACAUCGUCAUCGCGCCCGGUCUCGACGGCACCGCUGAGGGCUCGCUGUACCUCGAUGAUGGAGAGUCGCUGGUGCAGGAUGCUGUGUCGGAGAUCGAUUUCAAGUAUGCUGAGGGGAAGCUGAGGAUUAGUGGGACGUUUGAGUAUGAUGCUGGGGUGGGGAUUGAGGUUAUUACGCUGUUGGGUGUUGAGGAUGGGCAGCAGAGGGAUGUUGAGGGGGCGGAGUACGAUGCUGAGGGGAAGAAGACGACCGUGAGGGCUGAUGUGCCGUUGACUGGUGCGAGGGAGAUAACUGUCGGUUGA